GGCAUAUCUACACAGACACAGAUCACCAGACAUUAUUUUUAUAUUAUACCACGAUCGACUUUAAAAAUCAGAAACAAAUCGCCAUAACGGCAAAAGACCAGGCAGUCGGAGCGAGCAUUGAUGUUCAGAGCGAUGCGCUCGGGAGCUGGAUAAAGGCGCCUCUCCGUUCUUAUCACCCGUUAUUCGUAGCGCGAGCAAGGAUGGGAUACUCGGACCCGACUGCUGGCCGCGAUUUGCUGGGAAACAGAUCCCUGUGUUUUAUUUUCAUCUGCGCUUUCGGCGUGGUCACGCUGCUGCAACAAAUCCUCUACGGCAAGAAUUAUAUCCGGAGCACGCAACAGUUUACCCGCCUCAAAGGAGAGGAGGUGGGCAACUGGAGUGCCCUCGUUAGUUACCCUGAUGAUGGAGGGAUGAAGCAACCUGCCAGAAUUGGGAGGAAAAGAUGCGUCCGUCAGAAUUUUCAGCACUCAGAGAGCUCCGCAGUUAUCACGCCCUGCCUAGCAGAUAUUAAGAAGAGAAAAAAAGAAAAGAGAAGGUAUCUGGAGAGUUCUAACGGACCCCUUCUGUAUAACACCACCACCUGCAGAGAACUGCGCCAAGAAAUCACAGACAUCAAAAUGCUGUCCAUGGUUAAGACAUCAGAGUUGUUUGAACGAUGGAGAAACCUGCAGACUUGUACAUGGGAGCAGAACAAAGAGGAGACCAACAACUUCAAGAUGUCUUUGUCACGGUGCUGUAAUGCUCCCUCCUUCUUGUUUACGACGCAAAGAAACACACCAUCCGGCACGAAGCUGCGGUACGAGGUUGACACAAGUGGCAUCUUGCACAUCAGCCCUGAGAUAUUUAAAAUGCUUCCAGAGGACAUGCCUUACUCAAAAUCACAGUUUAAGAAGUGUGCCGUGAUCGGGAAUGGAGGAAUAAUUAAAAACAGCAAAUGUGGGAAAGAGAUUGACUCUGCUGACUUCGUCUUCCGGUGUAACAUUCCUCCAAUUUCUGAAAAGUAUGCAGCAGAUGUGGGAACUAAGACUCAUCUGGUGACCAUCAACCCAAGCAUUAUCACAGAGAGGUUUCACAAACUGGAGAAAUGGCGGCGGCCAUUCUAUGAUGUCCUGGUGAACUACAAGAAUGCAUCAGUGGUGCUGCCUGCAUUUUAUAAUGCGCGCAAUACUGACGUGUCCUUUCGUGUCAAGUAUGCCCUGGAUGACUUUAGUGGCUCCACUACACGUGGUGUUUACUUCUUUCACCCACAGUACCUCCUGGGUGCACAGCGUUUCUGGGCAGCACAGGGUGUCCGUGCCAAACGGUUAAGCAGUGGCCUCAUGCUUGCCACAGCAGCACUCGAACUGUGCCAGGAAGUGCACCUCUACGGCUUCUGGGCAUUCCCAAUGAACCCAGCAGGCAUUUUCAUUACACACCACUACUAUGACAAUGUCAAACCAAGGCCGGGAUUCCAUGCCAUGCCACACGAGCUCUUCACCUUUCUGCACUUACACUCACGUGGAAUCCUGAAUGUGCAUACUGGGGUGUGCAGGUGAUGGAAUUGACCACUGAAGCGAUUGUGUUCAAGGGAGGAGCUUCCAGUUGCUAGUAAGUGGUGUGAAAUUCAAAAUGGACUACUGAGUCUGUUUGCAUGUGAAAGACAAUAUUCCUGAGAUGUGCUAAUGUGGUUUCCACUGAGCCGUUGACUUCUGAUCCGGUUGAGUGAAUUCAAGCCAGAGGUCGGAUUUAGUGUCUGAAACACAAUAUCGCUGUCUUUAAGGACAACCAUUUAGUUUCACACUAUGUUUUUGAUAUAGAUAACAUCUAAAUCUGUCAGUGCCGUCGCUACAUGGUGCUUGUUUGUUUUGUGUAAGAUAUUUCGUGCAGUUUUUUUUUCCCCCUUUUUUUUUUUGGUGAAACUUUAAAAUGGUGGUUUUAUUCUGUGAAAGGAGAAAUGAAACCUCAAUAUCUCAUAAACAACAGAACUAUUUAUCACUUAAAUACAAAUGACUUUAUUAUUGUCAUGAACAAACUGUUGAAAAUAAUCAUACAAGUGCUUCUCUUUUCAUUAGAUAUUGCUGCAGCUGUAAAUACUGUUGUAAUACGGUUUAGGGUCUCAAACAAAGCGAACAGAUUUGCAGAGAGACAGGACAGAACUAAAACAAAUCCAAACAGCACUGCCUAAACAGCAUUACACUGAAAGUGACAUGGGGUAUAUGCACAGAGGUAAACGAGUUCUAAAGUAAAGUCCCUGUCAGAAAGUUUGGAGUCGAUAUACACACAUAAAUCAUGUUGCCUGCUGUAUUAUAUAUUGACAAUCAUCAUGCGAAUAUAUCAGCAUAACAAUAUGGAAAUAUAGUCACAUUUUGCAGUUGUAGCUUAUAUAGUUCAUGGGGAUUUUUAAAAAUGUAAUUAAAAUAGUUAUGCAAAAUUUAUGAAGCUUUUACAGUGUUCAUUUUUAUGACCGUUUAUUAAAUUAUUCAUGAUUUGUCUAAAAAAAAAAGUUUUAACUCACUGUAAGCGUCCAGGCAAAUGGAGGAUUUUAGAAGCAGAUAUUUUCUAUCAUACUAAUAAUUUAUAUACAUGGAUCAAGUGUCUGUGUUCUUUUGCUGUUGCUCACACAUGACAAUAGUAGGGACUCUUACAAAAACAGUUUUUAAAGACAUUUUAAAGAAAAAGUUGGCAACAAAAGACGUGUGGCGUACCACGUAAUGUGAUAAAAUUUCAUGAUGAAGGUGAAUUUUUUCCAAACACUGAUAUAAACUGAGAUGCGAAUGAACUGAAAGUUGUUUCAAGAAUUGCCUAUUAAUCAUAUUUUAAUCAUAUUAGGAAUUUUUAUUUUGUGACUGUAUUUCUCUUUUGUUCUUGGUGCCUUUAUGAGUCAUGCCAUAAUUCCCUCAUUAGGUGCCAAUAUUCUGAAUAGCAUUGUUUUGGUUCAUCCUAGACAAUAUUUAAAAUAUAUUUAAAUCAUAUCAUGAUUUAAAUAUAUUUAUAUAUAAUAAUAAUAUAAUAUAAUAAUAUAAAUUUUAAUCAGUCUCUUUGUGUUGGGCUCACAACUAAAUAUUGCGUUAUAUUUAUAACUUCUGGAAGGUGUGAACCUUUUUGAAGAACAUCAGCAACAUUCUGUGUCCAGUCAUCAUUAGAAAAUAUGCAGAAUGUGAUGUAAAGCAUAAUUGAUUGAUUAUAAUUCCAUAGAAGUGUUGUCAGGUUUCACUAAAAUGGUAAAUAAUUAAUCAUUUUCUGAGGUUGAUCAGUGUCAAUCUGACUAAAAUUGUUGGAUUUCUUCAAGCCACUUUUCCAGUGCCAGACACAAACACAACAUCUUAUUAAGCAUGUUCUACAGUACAUACAGUAGUAUUAAUCCCAUACUAAAAUCAUUCUUUAAAUACAUUUGAGGAACUCAUUAAAAUGACUAAAGGGGCAGGGAUAUAUAAAGGGACAUAUAAAGAAAGCUUUUGGACAUGGUCAUACUGUACUAUGUGCAAUACUCACUGUCUUUAUCAAAUGUGUAAAUAAAUUCAUUUGGAAUUAC